AUGGCACCAAUCGAGUUAGCAGCUGUCAUUACACCCAAGCCUGGCCAGGCCGAAAAAUUUCUUGCAUUAUUCGACAAAUGUGUUCAAUAUGUGCAGGCCAAUGAGCCGUAUGUGCUUCGGUAUGAGUUACACAAGGGAAUCAAGGAGCUUAACGGAAACGAACAAUUUGUGGUUCUCGAGAAGUAUGAAAGCAAAGAAGCAAUGGACAAGCACAUGCAGGCGCCGCCAAUCCAGGAAAUGGUGAACAUACUCGGAGAAGGCAAUUUAGCCGAUACACAAGUUAUCAUGACGACUAAAGGACCUGGGAUUCCUUCUCGAUUGUAG